AACUUGGAACCUGGAAUUAUGAGCUCGGAACGACUCUUAUUUUGAUAUCGGUCGCCAUAUUGGAUCUUUUGGUUUGGUAUCCAAGCGUCUGCUCUGCAUCUUUAUCGCGCUGAAGACCUGUUGAUGUUAACACACAAAUACAUUUGAAGUUACAAGCGACGAUGCGAGCUGUUCCCACAUGGAUAGACAAAGUGCACGACCGAGACAAAGUUGAACAAUGCAUGUCAGGAAGCUGGGGUCAGAGCGCAUGGUCAGCCAUGAUACAGCGCCCCUGGAACAGAGAGGGUUAAGGGCCUUGCUCAAGGACCCAACAGUGGCAGCCUGGCAGUGCUGGGGCUUGAACCCCUGCCCGAGACAAACCCAGUAACCCAGAACCUUAACCGCCAAGCCACCACUGCCCCACCAUAUAUAUAUAUGUAUAUACGCAGCGCCUUGUUAGCAUUUGUGCUUGGGGGAAUUCCCUCAACAAAUAAAAUUGCAUGCACUUUGCCACAAAAAACUCUAGCUGCAGUGAGCAGUAGGUUGCAACUACUGUAGCAUUCGUACACCAAUCGUUUAUGUAGCUACACAACCCGCCACGGCGGGUCUUACAAGAAGAAAGGGAACGAAGAACCUUCUUUCGAAAGCAGUAACCAAAUGAAACCUUAAUGAACUCAGAACAGAAAUGCAAGACAGACACUUUAGUAGAUUCCAGAUGAUAACAUUUUUGGUUGUAGUUCACCUCUAUUAACCAGCAGGGGCAGUUAGAAUCACCUGGAAACCUUCUUGCACACUGAGACUUUCAACAACAUCAAGAAGUGACCGCAUGACCGUAUAAGAUGUAAAUACAGCUGUCAUGUGGCCAUUGUUUGCUGGAACUGUCUUGAUAGGACUUGAAAGUGAACCAGUUCCGCCUUCUUGAACCUAGAAUCCUUCUUCCGAACUACUUGUUUUUCUACGUUUUCAAUCACACCUCUGUCCAAGAUGGAACACACUUUUUGAAACAGACAAGCAAACUUGGUUGGAGCUGAAACUGGUCAUUUUGGUGCCCUGAGAAGGUUGGUGGCCGAAGUAUGGAACUGAAAUUUGUACCCCAGUUACAUUGUCAUCACUGGUCUGAUGUACACAAGAAGGUAUCCAGCAUUUACGAUUUGGCUUUCAAACCUGAUGGCACUCAGCUCAUAGUAGCAGCCGGAAACAGAGUUCUGGUUUAUGACACAGCUGAUGGAACUCUUAUACAGCCACUGAAAGGACAUAAAGACACGGUGUACUGUGUGGCCUAUGCUAAAGAUGGAAAACGUUUUGCGUCAGGAUCCGCAGACAAGAGCAUCAUCAUAUGGACCUCUAAACUGGAGGGAAUUCUCAAAUACACCCACAAUGACUCUAUCCAGUGUGUUGCGUACAACCCUGUCACUCACCAGCUGGCAUCCUGCUCCUCGGGAGACUUUGGUCUUUGGUCCCCAGAGCAGAAAUCGGUGUCCAAGCACAAAGUCAGCAGCAAGAUCACUUGUUGUGGCUGGACAAACGAUGGCCAGUAUCUGGCUCUGGGCAUGAUGAGUGGUGUGGUGAGCAUCAGGAACAAGAACGGAGAGGAGAAGGUGAAGAUCGAGAGGCCGGGUGGCACGUCAUCGCCUGUCUGGUCUAUCGCCUGGAACCCUUCCAAGGAUGAGCACCAUGAUAUCUUGGCGGUGGCUGAUUGGGGUCAAAGACUGUCCUUCUACCAGCUCAGUGGGAAACAGAUUGGCAAGGACAGGCAGUUGAACUUUGACCCCUGCUGCGUGAGCUAUUUCUCCAAAGGCGAGUACAUCGUGAUGGGAGGCUCAGACAAGCAGGUAUCCCUCUACACUAAAGAUGGCGUUCGUCUCGGGACCAUCGGAGAGCAGAACUCCUGGGUCUGGACCUGCAGGGUUAAACCAGACUCCAACUAUGUGGUGGUGGGUUGUCAGGAUGGCACCAUAGCGUUCUUCCAGCUGAUUUUCAGCACAGUGCACGGUCUCUAUAAGGACCGCUACGCCUACAGAGAUAGCAUGACUGAUGUCAUCGUCCAACACCUCAUCACUGAGCAGAAAGUGCGCAUAAAGUGUCGUGAGCUAGUGAAAAAGAUCGCCAUUUACCGCAGUCGGCUAGCCAUCCAGCUACCAGAGAAGAUUCUGAUUUAUGAGCUGAGUUCAGACGACUCUUCUGACAUGCACUACCGCGUCAAAGAGAAAAUCGGCCGGCGCUUUGAGUGUAACCUUCUCGUUGUCUGCUCUCAGCACAUCAUCCUCUGUCAGGAGAAGAGACUACAGUGUUUGUCAUUUAGUAGUGUGAAAGAGAAGGAAUGGAUCAUGGAGUCUCUGAUUCGCUACAUCAAAGUGAUCGGUGGCCCACCAGGAAGGGAGGGGCUUCUGGUCGGCCUCAAAAACGGAGCAAUUUUGAAGAUCUUUGUGGAUAACCCAUUCCCUAUCACACUGCUGAAGCAGAACACAUCUGUGCGCUGUCUGGACAUGAGCACAUCUCGCAGUAAGCUGGCCGUGGUGGACGAGCAUAACACCUGCCUCGUCUACGACAUCCAGACCAAAGAGCUGCUAUUCCAGGAGCCUAAUGCAAACAGCGUGGCCUGGAACACACAGUGUGAGGACAUGCUGUGCUUCUCAGGCAGUGGCUAUCUGAACAUCAAGGCGAGCAAUUUCCCUGUGCACCAGCAGAAGCUUCAGGGCUUUGUCGUGGGCUACAAUGGCUCAAAGAUCUUCUGCCUGCACGUCUACUCCAUGGCUGCUGUAGAGGUGCCUCAGUCAGCUCCGAUGUAUCAGUAUCUGGAAAGACGGAUGUUUAAGGAAGCUUAUCAGAUCGCUUGCCUGGGCGUGACGGACAGUGACUGGAGGGAUCUGGCUACAGAAGCGCUGGAAGGACUGGACUUUGACACAGCCAAAAAGGCCUUUAUCAGGGUCCGUGACCUGCGCUACCUUGAGCUCAUCAACAGCAUUGAAGAGAGGAAGAAGAGAGGUGAGAACAACAGCGAUCUCUUUCAAGCGGACGUCUACGCGUACCAGGGCAAAUUCCACGAGGCCGCUAAACUCUAUAAGAGAAGUGGCCAUGACAACAGAGCGCUCGCCAUGUAUACAGACCUGCGCAUGUUUGAGUAUGCCAAGAACUUCCUGGCUUCGGCAGACCCUAAAGACACGAAGCUGCUGAUGAAGAAGCAGGCGGACUGGGCUAAGAACAGUAAAGAGCCGCGUGCUGCUGCCGACAUGUAUCUAAGCGCAGGAGAGAACAUGAAGGCCAUCGAGAUCAUUGGAGAGCACGGCUGGGUGGACAUGUUGAUAGAUUUGGCACGGAAGCUCGAUAAAGCGGAGCGCGAGCCAUUGGCCAGGUGCGCUGAAUUCUUCCAGAAGUUGAAUCACCAUGGCUACGCGGCUGAGACCUACUCCAAAAUGGGCGACCUGAAAGCCUUGGUGCAGCUACAUGUAGAGGCCAGGCACUGGGAUGAGGCUUUCACUCUGGUCGAGAAGCAUCCUCAGUACAAGGAUGAUGUGUAUGUUCCGUAUGCACAGUGGCUUGCUGAGAACGACCGCUUCGAAGAGGCCCAGAAAGCUUUCCACAAGGCUGGCCGGCAAGCGGAGGCUGUAAAGGUUUUGGAGCAGCUUACCCACAAUGCUGUUGUGGAGAGCCGAUUCAACGACGCAUCAUACUACUUCUGGAUGCUCUCCAUGCAGUGUCUGGAUAUAGCACGAGAUAAUGAGGAGAAGAGGGAGGAGAUGUUGAAGAAGUUCCACAGUUUUCAGCAUUUGGCUGAGCUGUACCAUGUCUACCACUCCAUUCAUCGCUACAUGGUUGAGCCCUUCAGUUCAAACAUGCCAGAGACUCUCUUCAACCUCUCGAGAUUCCUUUUCCACAACUUGACCAAAGAUAUUCCUCUGGGCAUCUCCAAAGUCUAUACUCUGUAUGCAUUGGCUAAGCAGAGUAAGGCACUGGGGGCCUAUAAGGUGGCACGGCAUGCCUUUGAGAAGCUCCAGGGCCUCAAGAUCCCAGCUCAAUUCCAGGAGAGCAUGGAGCUCAGCUCUCUCACUGUCCGCUCCAAACCCUACCGGGACAGUGAAGAUUUAAUUCCAAUGUGUUACCGCUGUUCCACCCACAACCCGCUGCUAAACAACCAGGGCAAUGCCUGCGUUAACUGCAGACAACCGUUUAUUUACUCUGCCUCCUCUUACGAAGUCCUUCCCUUGGUGGAGUUUUAUUUAGAGGACGGUAUCGCAGAUGAGGAAGCAGUAUCUCUGAUUGACCUGGAAGUUCCACGAGCGGACAAGAAGACAACCCGCUGGCAGGAGAUGAACAGAGGCGAUAGUCAGUCGCUAAGGCUGGAUGAUGAUGUCGAACAUCCUGAAGAAGAUCCCUUUAUGGCCAAACUAAGUUUUGAGCAGGGGGGCAGUGAGUUUGUUCCAGUCGUGGUCAGUCGUGCAGUGUUGAGCUCCAUGUCGAGAAGAGAUGUAUUAAUAAAGCGCUGGCCCAAGCCUUUGCGCUGGCAGUACUACCGCUCUCUGCUGCCUGAUGUCAGCAUUACCAUGUGUCCCUCUUGCUUUCAGAUGUUCCACAGCGAGGACUACGAAUUAUUGGUUCUCCAGCACAACUGUUGUCCUUACUGUCGCAGACCCAUCGAUGAGCCCAACUAGCUCACCCAAACGGACUUAGAGCAUUAUAAAGUGUGUAUUAAUAGGGUCCACGGAUUAGCCCGAGCUGAAUGACUGAGCCUUCACUAGAGAUUUGUAUCAGUAACGGUAAGCGCGUGUGUGCGUGCGAUGGCAGCUUUAAUGUGGCGUUGAUCCUCAAGCCAUAAGAAAAGCGCCACCUCAGCCGAUAGCUCUGAUAGGAUUAAAGAGAUCAGGAUACUCAGCUGGUGAAAGGCGAUUACAGCAUUUGGAAAUGACUGGAGUGUGCAAGAUGACACUAACAAACCUUAUCAAGGUUUUUUUUUCUUUUUUUUUUCCAAGAAAAUGAUGGAUGCAUCUCUAAAACUUAAUAGCAAUCUUUUCUUUAUUAAUGGACUUGCUUGUGAAUUAUAAUGAGAAAAAAAUCUACACAGAACAUUCCAUAUACCAUAUAUAUUAUUGUUCUACUAAGGAAUUGUUUUUAUAUAGUCGUUGUAAUAUUUUCAUAAUUGUUGAAUUUUCAAUAAAUGUUUUUUAAGAUAUACUGUA